AUGGCGCGAACAAGUCGGGGAAGUGUCCCAAAGGACAGCGUUGACGCACUGGACAAUCUGAAUCUCGACGAUAUGUUUGCGGAUGGCGGAGACGAUUUAUUCGGCGGCCUCGACAUCGAUUUAGCAGAUAUGGGUGAUAUUACCGCCGGAGGUAUCGAUGCUAAAGUCGAGCCCAUGACGGUGGAGGCCCUACCGACUGGGGUGGCAGGGAUGACCGAUGAGGAUGAGACUACACCCAAUCGCCGCAAAACUAAGCGGAAGCUUAAAAAUCCAACUCUCUUUGAGGACGAUGAUGAUUACCUGGAAGAACCGGCACUGAAAAAGAAGCGGAAGGUAUCAAAAAUAGCUACUGCCACCGUACGAAAGAAAGGCACAAAAAAAGCAGCUGACGAGAGUACCCCCACACUUCCUAAAGCAAUCAAGACCAAAAAAGGCAAAACUGCUACAAGUAUAACGAACGGAAGCAUGCAAACACUAGGCGCACGCGGAUCUCUUGGUUCAUCUUCAUCGGGUGUGGCUGCUGCUGGACGAUUCGGAAAACGAAGUUCUGACACAGCUCCGAAAACUAGUAAGAAAGCGAAUUCGAGCGGGAAGUCCAACAGCGGGCUGUUACCCAGCCCGUCAUCUUCUAUCUCAAAUACCGCGCAAUCUUCAUCUACAUUGAUUACUGCACCAACACACUCAGCUCAGCAACAAAUCCUUCAGCACCCCGGUCUAUCGCAAAGUUCGUUUUGCGGAUUGAGACCGUCCAACACAAUUUUCUAUCCAUUCAUGCCAGCCAUGCCCACUGAGCCUACCCUUCGUAAUCGCAAGCUAUAUGCAGUUCUGGACCGGACGUACUCGUCCUUUAUGAGCCAUCUGAGUGCGUUACCGUCACCUUCGACUGCCGGGAACGGUGCUGCGAAACCACCUGCCUUAGAGUUCGAAGUCAUCGUCAAGCUAAUGAACGAAGCAUUUAAAGACGAGAAGUCUGCCACCGGUGCACACCAUCGCGGGGAGCAGAUGAGUGCCGCCAUUGGCGCCAUGAGGCGAACAAUUUCGUUUUUUGACAAGUCGAAACUCGCUGGCGAUCUGAUGGCAAUUUGCGCCUUGCUCAAACGACAGUUUGACUUUUUACAUCAAAACACCGUGAACAUGGAGCGUUGGUGUAAAGGAAACUUAAGUGCCGAAGAAUACGGCGCAGUCUACAUAUCCACCAAAACGUCGCGAAAAGCUAACGCAACAAAGUCUACGUCGGUACUAUCAAGCUUUACCACACCCCUUAUUCGAGUCAAAAUAGUCUGCAGCAACGGCUUCAAGGAGCCACGAAGAGGCCCACUUGUAGCAGUCUUGCCUUCCAAGGGUGUGAUGGGUAUUACUAAAGCGGAAAGUGCGAUGUCACCUCCAAAAACGACGACAAAAAAGUCGAGCACAAAAAAGCGUGUUGUGGCUGUCGCUAGAGAUGUGAAGAGUUCGACGGUCACUUCAAGCGCACAAAAGGAAAUGUCAUACGUAAAUAUGAAGGCAUCACGGCGGCGUAAGGCUGUAGCGGAAUUAAUUGCACGAACCGCCAGAGAGCUAGAAGUAAAGUACACCCAUCGUAUCGAAUCGCGUACCCAAAUCAUCGAUAAGCAACAGCAAGAAGCCCGUAGAGUUUGUGAAGCUGAUCCAAUUGUAGUUAUUCAUACCACGGGGAUGUGGAAAUGGCUUGAUAAGUCUGGAUACUUUUUGAGAACGACAGAUGAUGACAUUCAAAGAAGUGUUGACGGAUUGGUGUCGCCAGAUGAUAUGUUUGUUAAACAAAUGGAGCUUCAGACCAAAGCCGAUACAGUCACUAACCAACCAAUGAGAUCGGAUGAAUCCGUUGAGCUCUCACUUUUUCAUCGACUCCAGUCACUCCUGGUUUCUGGAACUGGAACCGAGGUGGACGAGGAUAGUUUAGAGAGCGAUAAGGAAGAGGAAGAUGCGACUUCACAUGGAGAAUCAUUGCCGAUGGCUGAUCUCGCAAGGCUCUCAAUCGAUGAGCGACUGUUUAUUCAGCUUCAAUCGAUUGGCCUUGCGCAAUCGUUAUCCCAUCGAAGAUUGCUUUCGCAGCGAAGAAGCGACACGUUGUCACCAUCCAAGGAAAAGUCUGACAGAACCUCCCUUGGAAGUGAAAAUAGUGGCGCGAGGCAACAUAUGGAAGUUAUACAUUCCGAAAAUGCCAUUGACGAGUUGAAGGAUAUAAUCACAGCGAUGACUGAUGACUUGGGGCGCCUCAAUAGCCUCAGUAGUAAUCGAAUUGCUUUUCUCGAAUCUAUUGCAGUUGCAAACGGACCUUCAAUGGAAGAAAUAAAGCGCAAGAACGACGAAGAAGCUAACGCCAUUGGCAAGUGCCAUCAGCUUUUGAAAAAGGCCAAGGAAUCGAGAGUGAAAAACGGCAAACUAAAGAAUUCCAAAAAGGAUGAAUAUGCGUUGCCUUGGUAAGUGGGCCCUUCUUGACAAUGAAGAACUUCUCCUUCGGCUUCACUGUCAGUAGUGUACUUUUCGGUAGUAUAUCUUUUCAGCGUGGUAAUCAGCAAUUUUCAGAAGUAACAUUACAAGCUUCAGCACCAAAUAAAUGUAGAGGGCGGCGUUUUGAAAAAGACAUAAAGUUAGUAGUUCCUGUCAAACUGGACUAGGGUACAGCUUUCGCCCUCAGCCGAAGAAGCGUCCAGGGUGAGAGUUUCCCGGCGGUUGGGAUCUAGGAGGCCCACCAAUUCCCAUCAGACUGAUUGCUUCAAUGUCAAUGUCCGAGCCAGCGUUGCCGCUCUGAAAAAGACCGACAUCGAGAUUGUUCAGCAUUCCUGAUACAAUAUCGACAUCAUUCAACUGAUCUUCUUCGCCGUCGUCGACAAGAUCGAAAAGACGCCCACGUCGAGCUCCCAGUCGUGAAACUACCCCAUCACUGGACGGUGGCUUUACAACUGCGUCUCUUCCAAUAGCUCCAAAUACCGUCUGCAUAGAUUGUUGAGGGCCGGGUGACAAAGGUUGUGAUCGAGCUCCCUGGUGUUCGAAGUACACAGACUGUUGUGGUAACGGUGACUCCUUCGAGAUAAAAUCGUUCUGGAAUCCAAUCGGUGCGUGAUAAGCAUUCUCAGAUCGGCCGUUAACGGACAUCGUUUGUAUGAUCCGUUCAAUCGAGUGGUCAUUUACAGAAUACCGCGACUUUCCACUCUCACUUUGGAGGAAGACAAUCAUGCUUCCAGAAUGACAAAGCUUUGAAUCCUCAGCCCCUCUCCCGUAACCAAACGUAUGUUGCCCAGCAGAAAGGGCUUCACACCACCGAAUAUAUGAGGCUUUCUCACCGGUAAAGCGUUGGUCCAGUAAAGUGAGAUGCGUUUGGUUCACAUCAACUACGCCAUCUUGAAAACUAUCAGAGUGCACGAAAACUGUGAACGACACUGGAACUCGAGAGGCAUUCGCCAAAUCAAUUAUGUCGAGCAUUCUUUUCAUGUAUCGAGAAGCCACCAUGUUAUCGAAAGGAAGUAAUACAGAAACAGAACUUCCGUACCUUGCCAACACUUCUUCGCCUCCCUUAUCGUCUUUUCCAAAAGGUUUCUGACCACCGAAAUGGGUGUCAAUCAAGUCGAACUUCCCCCAGAAGACGUUGUUUCCGUGGGCGUUAAAUGGAUCGCACCAUAAUUCUGCUGAAACCGCGAACUCGUCCGACAGACAUGCCUUGGUUCGUGGAGAUAAAUGGAUAUCCAUAGCAGUUCCAUCGGCAACAAGCUCCAAGCUUUCGUACCAUAUCUUGCUUACAAAAACCGUAGCUAGGAAGCGGGAUGGUGGUCCAGUAUAUCGCUUACGUAAGAUCGAGAAUGUGCUAGUGGGAAUCGCGACACUAGACCUGUUGGCCCACGAUACCGAUACCAACGACGUAGAUGCACCGUGAAUAUUUUCUACUACGGACAUGCCCAAAGCAGAAUCAUCCCAGGAAUUGGGCAGCUGAUCUUGAACUCGCUGACGAAACUGUAGCGUUUCGAGAGCACAAGUGUGGCAGAGUCUUGCGACCACUGUACCAUCGUCCUUCAAUGCUUCCAUACUCAUUGUUGAAGCGGUCAAUCCUCGCUUGCCUUCCGAUAUGAAUUGUCGCUGGAAAAACGAAACGAGCUGAUUUAAGUCGACCCAACUUGGAAUAAUUGGAUCCAGAAUCGGGGUGUCGGAAUGCGAGGCGCGUGUUGUCCAUCUGUAAAUUGCCCGCUUUACUGUGAGGCCGUCCACUAUAGUGCUCGAUAGACUGCAACGGUGAAUCAACUCCAAAAGUUUGUCACGACGGAAUAAGGACACCGUUGGGUGCUCAAUAUCCGAGGGAAGAGAUACUGGACUAUCUGAAUGAGACGAAACAGUUGUUGACGCCACAUCCUUACUCUCGAAUGUACACAUAGAAGCGUCAGAAAGCGUCGUUGCUUCCGGAGAACGGCUUCCGGUAGUCGGUGUAGGAAGAAGCUCAAUUUGACCCUGCUGUGCACAAGACUGAGUACGAACAGCACCUUGGAUUCCUCUCGCUCAAGCUCUUGCAAGAGGGCCUCCUCUGCAGCUUUGGCUUUUUCGACCUCGGACAGUUUUGGGGUUUUGUUCUUUUUUUUCUUUUUGCUCAGAGUCUUUUUGGACACUCCAGCUCCGUCUGCGUGCUGCGCAGAAGUUAUUUGGUCUUCAUCGUCUGUUUCACCAUCAUCUGUACUAAAACCGUUCGAUUCUUCCAUGCACUCUUCGUCUCUCUGUUUAGUGCGCAGCUGAAUUAAGAGUCUGGCGCGCUGGACCUUCUUUCGAUCGCGAGAGCAUCGAGGAAUACUAGCAUUGUACUUUGUGACCAUUUCAACAGCGGCAUCAAUAAGAUUUUGCUCCACAAGAAUAGAUAACGCCGUAUCACCUUUCUUGGUCGUGACUGUAUGGUCAGCGCCGUGACGAAGCAGCAGUUCCACAGUAUCUGGAAGUCCCUUAGUCGCUGCCUGUAGCAAGGCGCUCAGUGUCGGGUCAUCUUCUUCAGUCGGCGCUCCUUCCUCCAAAAGGAGACGAACCACAUCGUCAUGGCCUUUGUAUGCCGCAAUACUGAGCGGCGACCAUCCCGUGUCUGUACAGCGACAUGGAUCCGCACCGGAAUUAAGCAACGCCUCUACUGCCCCUGCUUGACCAUGAUUGGCCGCUGUCAGUAAAGGCGUCUCUCUCCACUU